CUUGUCAUUACCUAAGAAGUACACGGUCGUGUCGCUGUUUGACAAAUGCACUGCUGUCCCAGCGGCCCCCCUUCACUCUCUAGUCUGCUGUUCUACUCGGUUUUAACGCUAUUUCUCCUGUCCGCCUGAGUGGUAGGAGGGUGUUUUAGCAGGCGGCUCCCGUCUCGCCGCUGUUUCUGUUCUCCCAGCAGCAUCGGCCGCAGCAACCAUGUCCGGGUUCAAUCUACUGCAUCUGGUCAGCCAAGGCCAACCUGUAAAACUCAAGGCCUGCGGGCUCCCCUCAGGAACGUGCCGAAGUAAGAAGACAUGGCCCAAGACGUUCCCCGAGGAGGAGCUGAGGAAGCGUUUGACCCCAAUGCAGUACCAUGUUACUCAGGAAAAGGGCACAGAGAGUGCCUUCACAGGAAAACUUACAGAUAAUAAAGAGGAAGGAACCUACCACUGUGUCGUUUGCGGUGCUCCUCUUUUCACGUCUGAUAAGAAGUUUGACUCUGGAUCAGGAUGGCCGUCCUUUUUUGAUUUGAUCAAUAAGGACUCUAUAACCCAAACCGAUGACUUUUCGUAUGGGAUGCACAGAGUGGAGACAACCUGCAGUCAGUGUGGUGCUCACCUGGGCCACCUUUUUGAUGAUGGACCUCGACCAACAAAGAAACGCUACUGCAUUAACUCCAAUUCUCUCGAUUUCCGGGCGAAAAAGAGUGCUUCCGAGAAGGUGGAAGCAUCUGGAGGAGCAGGUCAAUCACCAACUUCUAGUAAGAAUGAAGAACUUUAAUAGGACUUGAAAUAGGCCGAUCAGAUGUCACACUACUCCAAAGUCACUCCUGAACUAUCAAUUCCAAAUCAACUGAGCUGUGCAAUCAGACAAAUGCAUGCUUAGCAACAUUCGUCUGAAUGGUGGGUUCUUCAAGAUUACUGUAUGCAAUAUCAGUAUCCAGAUAACAGAUUAGAAUGGCCUUAUGUUUGCUCCUCAACUUCUUCACUUGAAUUUUGAGUCAUUUGAAGAGCUCACAUCGCUUCAAAGAGACUUGCUCUGCUAAAAUAUAGAUUGGAAAAGUCGGUGCAAAAGUCUGAGACUACAUUGGAAAUCUGGUGUUUAUUUAUUUUUAUUUAAAUUAAAAUUUGAAUUUUAAACAGCUUUAAAACAAAGAAACUGAGUGAAACCAUUUUUUAGGUCACUUAUCAAGUCUUUGUACAGAGAGUCAGAUAUUCUUCCAUUGAAGCUUAAGAUGAUUUUUAAAUCAUACACACAAAAAAAACAAAAAAAACAAAAGGAGGACAAAUCAAAUACUAAUAUUUUCUCAUAUUCUUUUUGAUUUUUCAAUUCAGAUUAUUUUUUCUGACAAUAUAAUUUGUAAUGGAAAAAAGAAAAAUGCAUUUUCACUAGUGGUCUCUGACUUUUUGGACCCCAUUGUAUAUUGAAAGUCAAAUGACUGAAAAUGAAUUAUAUAUGUAUACUUUCUCAGAGCGCUGUGUUGUUUUUGAAGUGACAUGUGAUACAGGGAGGUCAAGAAGUUUGAGGAAAAUGCUAUGCAAGUGCUCCUGUGAGCAGUAAAAUAAGCACCGAGUGGAGAACAAAGCAUUCUUUGAAAUAAAAUGGAACAGAUGACAAAUGUUUAGUCUGAACACAAAUGUAGCCUGACUUUUAAGGGUGCUUUUUUGGUCUCCCUGCUUGCAGUGCCUAUUUUUGUCCUGAGUUGAUUUUUUUUUUUUUUUUCUCUGAGAUAUUGAUUUACUUUGAUUGAUAGAAUUUAGUUCAUAUAGUGUGAUUAAAAAGAUAUUAAUACUAA